AUGGAUGUGAGGAAAUGUUCGACACCAGCAAGUGGGAACUCCAGCAAAUUACGUAACGUAAGCGGGCAACAAAGGCUAGCAGACGAGCACCAGGUACCAGCAUCAGCAGACGUCAACAGCCAGACGUCAGUACCCCAGGGGGCUGUAUGCGCAGUGAACACAUCAGCAGGAGAACAGAACGUCCUGCAGCACGUCAUGUGUCAAGAUGGGCAGUGGAAAACUGCAGAUUACUCAACUCUGUGGGAGAUAGGACGCCAAGAUUCGAGGAGACAGAAGAGACGGGACUUCGGCCACCACGGACCUACAGGAGGUCCGCACUGCCGUGAGAUCUGUGACUCGGGGUGGUGGAAGCGGCCGUGUAAAGAAAGGACACGCCAUACUGCGGGUCCUAGACCAGGAUCAACUUUAGGUGAAGGCUCCUACAAGGUUAUCUACGAGGCCAAGACUAAGACGGGUUUGGUUGAAUUCUGUGAAACAACAUUUUUGGUCAAGCGCAAUGCUUCGGACAUAAACAUACACUGCACAUAUCCUGACGCGAGCUAUACCUGCCCCAACGGCACCAAGGUUGGAGCCAACUGCACGUCAGUGUGUAACGAUGACGACGGCAACACCACACGGACCCUGACGAUCACCUGCCAGAAAAACCUGACGUGGUCCAACUACAAGAUGUGUCGAGCAUGCCCGACCAGUCUCAACAUCGACGAGACCCACCUGGAGAGGAUCCACUGCUCUGUGGACAGAGACGUGGGCAUGAUGCUGUGUACGGUGGUGUGCGAGAAAGGGUACAUGACCGGCCGCGAGACCUACCUGAUGUGUGGGCUCAUGACCAACUUCACCUGGUCGCAGGUGACCAAGGAGAAUCCCCUAGGGGUGGUCCCAGCUUGUGUCGUAUCCCUAUGCGGUCAGUGUUCAGCAGAGCGUGUUCAGGCUGGAGGCGAGGAUGAAGGCAAACACGAGGAAUGA